AUGCCCCCCCCACGGCUCUCCUCCGCCUUACUAAGAGCACGACCGCAAGCAAACUACCAAUGUCUCCGGCGCAUUACCCCUCUUCGACGCGCAUCCACCACACCACCCUCACAAAACGACAUCAAACCCGUAGUACCAUGGAAAACACCCAUGAGCGUCUGGUCACCCGAGAACCUGAUACCGCCACCCAAAGACGGCGAGAUACUGCUUGAGCGACGACCAAACCGCGCACUACCACCCAUCCCGCCCCUAAUAUCCCCACAAGUCCUGAAAACGCUUCCCAUCUUCAUCCUCGCAAUGUCAAUCUCCCUCUUCGCCUUCUUCAACUACCAAAAGCAAGAAUCCUCUGUCGUCACAUCUACCUUGUACGCCCUGCGCACUAACCAGCUCGUGCGCGACGAGCUGGGCGACGAAAUAUACUUUGCGAGUAAGAACCCGUGGAUCAAGGGCGAAAUUAAUCAGCUUCAUGGUCGCAUUGAUGUUAGCUUUUGGGUCAAGGGGACGAAGAGGGCGGGUGAGGUUAAACUGAGGUGUAGGCGGAGGGGGAGGGGUGGAUUGUAUUAUACGCAGGAGUAUAGUUUGACAUUGGAGGAUGGGAGGAGGUUGGAGCUGUAUGAUCCACAGGGAAAUGCUAUCGACCCGUUCCAGGCGAUUGAUGUGGAGGAGUAG